AAGGCGGCGCUGUUUGAUGACGGCCCGGCGACGGUGGGACACUACACCGCGGUGCAGAACAGCAAAAACGCCAAAGACGCCAAGGACAACACCUCCAACAACGCCGGGAAAUCCUUCAAACGUCCGUCCAUCAUCAGCGUGCUGCCAUGGAAACGCAUCGUGGCGGUGUCGGCGAAAAGGAAGGAAUCGAAAAAGCUGCAGGCGGAGGGCGGAGACAGCGGGAAAGGAAACUCUCCGGACGCCACGAUCACCGUGAGUUCGGCGUCUAAUAGCCUGAAGCUGAAGAAAUCCCAGUCGUGUGCGAAUCUGUCCUUGUUUUCCUCCGGCCCGGACGCAACGGCGAGCUCCACCAUCGGCACCGUUAAAGUCAAAGUCGCCCACCUGCCAGUUUCUAAAACCCUCGCCAACGUCAACCUAGCCUCCAGGAAGAGUUCCCACGCCGGGGUCCAGCCCUCCAAUGCCACCGGCACGCCCAAACGAGUCAUCGUCCAGGCGUCCACCAGCGAGUUGAUGCGCAGCCUCGGAGAGUUCCUGUGCCGCCGCUGCUACCGUCUGAAGCGUCUGUCUCCGACGGACCCGGUGCUGUGGCUGCGGAGCGUCGACAGGUCUCUGCUCCUCCAGGGCUGGCAGGACCAGGGCUUCAUCACCCCGGCUAACGUGGUCUUCCUCUACAUGCUGUGCCGCGACGUGGUCUCCCCCGAGGUGGUCUCAGAGCGAGAGCUUCAGGCGUCGCUGCUCACCUGCCUCUACCUGUCCUACUCCUACAUGGGCAACGAGAUCUCGUACCCGCUGAAGCCCUUCCUGGUGGAGGCGGAGAGGAAGGAGCUCUUCUGGGACCGAUGCCUGGACAUCAUCGACAGAAUGAGCGGGAAGAUGCUUCAGAUCAACACCGACCCGCACUUCUUCACCCAGGUGUUCUCAGACCUGAAGAACGAGAGCAAGAAGGAGGAGGAGAAGACCAAGCUGCUCAUAGGCCUCGACCGAUAAGAGAAGGAGGGAAGGAGGGAAGGAGGGAAGGGAGGAGGGAAAGGGGGAUAGAAAGAGUUAAUAUGUUGAGGACUAAUGGUGCGUUCACACCGGACGGAAAGCACAUUUCAAACCUCUUCUUUAUUCAUAAUUUGUGUUGAUCAGGGUUUAUCUCCGUGUAGCUACGAUAACACUUUACUGGUCAGGUCCAGUCUGAGAUGCUCCUAGCAUCACAGCAGCUCCAUGUGGAACACCAACACACAUGUAGCAUCACAGCAGCUCCAUGUGGAACACCAACACACAUGUAGCAUCACACUAGCUCCAUGUGGAACACCAACACACAUGUAGCAUCACGCUAGCUCCAUGUGGAACACCAACACACAUGUAGCAUCACAGCAGCUCCAUGUGGAACACCAACACACAUGUAGCAUCACAGCAGCUCCAUGUGGAACACCAACACACAUGUAGCAUCACACUAGGAUCAGAGAGAGAAAUAACCAUGAGCAGAAGAGGCACUGCUGCUGCUUCGUGCACGCUGUGAACGUCCCGUUCGUUUGCAUCACCCGGAGACACAGAGAGCUUCUCUCCAAGUCACAUGAGUUGAACCCAAUGAACCCACCAUGUAGACAUUUUGCAAUGAUUUCAUUAAA